CCGCCGUCAUGCCGGCCGCCGCCUGUCCCCUCCUGCCGCCGGUGAUCCAACUUGGCGGGUGAGCCCUUCCCCGACACCCAGAUUGUCAAGAGGAGAAAUUACCCAAGCCAAAAUGCAGUGACUGCAUUUCUCUGGCAAAAGUUUCUCGUGUCAUAAAAACAGCUGGCAGAGCUAAAGCUUUGGGGAGCUGAAUCCACUUCACUUUGUCUCCCUGAGCCACCGUCAGACGCAGGAUCGCCCCACCACCACCACUGCCAGCAGCAUGGAAAGCGUGCGUGAGCUCCAAAACCCGCUCUUGGCCAAAUCCAACGGCCACCUUCGCAGCAGCUAUUCUUACCACCAGCACCACAGCCAGGACUACCCCAGUCAUCGCUGCCAAGGGAAACUGUAUUCCUACAUAUUCCAAAACACUGGUGGUGCCAGGACUCACCAGCUGCUGGAUGCCAGUUCCCUGCAGCUGGCUGUUGAAGCCUUGUAUGGCCCCAGUUUCAUCCUUGUGAAGGAUGAGACUGCUCUCAAGGCCAAGGACAGCAUGAUGGAAAGCUGCGAGACCACUUUUACAGAAAGCAAAGAGUCUCUGUCUGAAGCUCCUGAAGGGCAUGAGGCACAAGGGUCCUGCCUGGUAGAGAGUGACAUCCGCAUCCAAACUGUUUCCUAUGAGGUGGAGGAAGAGGAGCUCCAGGAGUAUGAGAGCGACUCCUCCAGCGACAGUGAAAGCGAGGAUCAUUUCCUGAUGCUUCCCCCCCGGGACCACUUGGGCCUGGCUCUUUUCUCCAUGCUGUGUUGCUGCUGGCCCCUGGGGAUUGCUGCCUUCUACUUCUCCCAAGGGACCAGCAAGGCUGUCUCCAAAGGAGAUUUUCAUCUGGCCAGUUCAGCUUCCCGCCGAGCUCUCUUCCUUGCCGCUCUCUCCAUAACCAUUGGCACAGGAGUGUACAUCGGGGUGGUGGUAGCACUGAUUGCUUAUCUCUCAAAAGGGGGCCACGUGUAGCUGCCACCUGCAUGUCACUGCCAUCCCUGGCCGCUGACCCUUCUGGGAUUGAGCUUUCCUGCGGAGCACAGAGCCCCAGUGCCUGCAAGGGCUGCUUGCACAGCAGGGCCUCAGCAUGGAUGUGCUGUGCAGGUUUCUUCCUCUUCCAGACAACAGUGGACCCCUCUUCUCCCUGAGGCUGUGGCAUGCGACCAUCUAGCAACAGGGAAUGGAGCACCAGCCUGGCUGCUGGGACAAGGAGGAGCACAUUUGCCUGGUGGAAGAUGUGCAGGAGAGAAACCACGCGCUGCUGCUGGGCUGGUGCAACAACCCCCAUCUGGGGCUACAGCUUCCCUUCUCAGGCCCGCAGCUGGGAGAUCCGCCUCUUGCCCAGGCUUGGGCCAUGAAGGGUACACACAGGGAGAAGAGGGGAGAUGGUGCCAGGGAAUGACUGCUGCUUCUUCUGGGAGGCCAGAGUCCUGGUGGGGUCUCCAGACUCCUGUGAUGGGAACAACAUUCUUGCUUCAGUGCCGUGGGGUGGCCUGACCCCUCAGCUGCAGUGGAGUAGGAGGACAGAGCACGGACAAGACCAAGAAGCAUGCCCUCUGCAUCCCUCUGCAGACAGACCCCUGAUCCACAGGGGAACAUCCCGGUUGCUGGUUUAUCCCAAAUCAGAAACAAGGAGGAAGGCAGGCUGGUGGUUGCACGCCAUCUCUCCCAUUAUUGAUGCAAGCUGGUAAAGACAGCAAGGUUUUUUCUGUGUUAGUAGUGACUGCCAUGCUGAUCCCAAGUCAGAGGCCUCAUAAGGUUGCCGUCCCAGAGUGCUGGACUCUCAAAAGUUUUGUAAUGGAAAUCUCUACCUAAGAAGUGUUCUGGGAGGGGUGCUGGCCUGAAGGAUUCCACUCCUUGUACUAGGUCAGGGCCCUGCACACAAAGAGGGAUGGAAAGAAAAGGCUGACAAAACCUGCCAAAUCUGGGGUGGGAGUGCUGCUUGUGAGGGGAUGAGAUCCAGAGAAGGAAGAGACAUGGAAGGAGCCUGAGACGCAGGGUGACCUCAACACGCUCCUUCCCAUGCCUUGAAGAGAGGUAUCUCCAUCCAUCCAUCCAUCCAUCCAUCCAUCCAUCCAUCCAUCCAUCCAUCCAUCCAUCCAUCCAUCCGCUUCUAGUAACAAGGAAAUACCAAGCAUUGCCACUCAUACAUCUUACUUUUCCUUAUUUGUAUAUUGUCAGCAACACAUUAAAGGCUUCAGAGGUGGCUAUGAAGGCAGUGAUUGCCCCAAAAGGUUGGCAUUUAGAAGCCAUGCCUCACCCCCCACUCUCCAGCAUCUGCCUUUGACCAUCCCUCCUCUCUCUGGCUCCCCUGUUGCCUCUUUUCCCCACGUGCAGGAGACUGCAGGCAGACUCUGGGCAUCCCUCACCUCCUUCCCAGAGUUUCUGGGAAGGCUGCAGCCAGCUUUGCAAGAGAUGCAGCAUGUUCCUCCAGCUGGGUGCCAUUCAAAUGUAAUUUCAUCCUAAAGAAGCAUGUUAAUGUCUGCAAUUGUCAUUGUAUUUGAGCCAUAAAAGAAAGAAGUGCAUCAGAGAUCUGUACAGAAGCUGGUCUGAAAGUUCCCAUUAUGUUUUUUAACAUGGAAGAACUAAUAAA